CCCUGGGGCAGGGGUCCAAGAGAGGAGGGGGAUCCCCUUCGGCCCGCUCUUGCGGCGUGGCUUGGCUUUCCUCCUUGGCUGGGACGCCAGGGCCGGCGCAGGCGUGGUUGCAGUCGGCGCCCUCCGGCAGAAGCGGCCGCGGCGAGCACCGGGGAGGACGGGCUGGCGCCCAUGCCUGGCGCCCCGGUAUGUCUGGGACUACCUGCUGUGGCCCGCAGCCGCAGCGUUUUUGGGCGGGCUGGCGUUGUACCCUUUCGCCGCACAGAUGGUCGCCGCCAAUCUCGACAAGGUCGCCUUGGAAAUCGUCCGAGGCGAUGUCUCCCAAUUCAUGCAGAACUUCUUCAAUUAUAAUGGUCUUCUGUUUUCAUUCUUCGCGUCGACGACGUACUCCUUCCUCUACGGCCAGCAGGAGAGCCUCUACCUCGCGAUGUACGCCGAGGUUUCGGAGGCCCGGUCCCUCGUGGAGCAGCUGACGCUGGUGAGCCAGGGCAGGCCCAAGUACAAGGCCCUCCUCGAGAGCAUGCAGAUCUACAUGCAGGAGCUGCUCCUGGGUGUCCGCUACGGCUGCCCCCCCGCGGUGCUGCUGUCGGCGAAGCCCGUGAACGACCCACUGGAGAAUAUACUCUACCUGACCUCUAUCGGCACGCCUUCGGUGGUGUACGACACGGUGCGGAGCCUACGGCAGGCCCGCGGUGCGCGGCUGGGCGCCACGCAGCGCAAGCUCCCCGACGAGCACUUCGUGCUGCUCUGCGUGCUGGGGGCGCUCGAGCUGCUGGUCUUCCCGCUGCUCGGCGCCGGCAUGGCGGGCUACGAGGAGCCGGGCCUCGCCUCCGCGCCCGGGCACCUGCUCUCGGUGCAGGCCUGCAUCUUCGCCGCGCUGGCCGCCGGCGUGGUGCUCACCCUGCAGAUCAUCCAGGACCUGCGCAGCCCCACGGCGGGCCUCUACAGCCUGGACGUGAUCCUCGAGAAGAUGGUCCAGGGCAUGCGGGAGGAGCUGGACCGGCGGAUCCGCUGCGCGCCGAAGGGGGUGGCCCCGGGCGUGACGGCCUCCGAGGUCCAGCAGCUCACCGCCAGCCUGGAGGCGGGGAGCGGGGACCUGGCCGAGGCGCGCUCGGAGGGCCUGCUGCGCAGCCAGCUUCAACAGCUGCCCGAGCCCGGCCUCGACGCCGCGUCCUGGGCGUCCUUCCAGCCCAUGGGUGACGGGAGCGCGGCGACGAAGCUGCUCCAGACGGCCGGUGUGGCCACCCUGUGUGCGCUGGUGUACCCGCUCGUGGUCGAUCUGCUCGAGCCCCUGAUCUCCAAGGAGGCCCUGCUGGCCAUACGCGAGGACAACAACGCGCAGUGGCUGCAGAACUUCUUCACCGGCAUAGGCUUCAUAUUCUCGCUGUUCGUGGCGCAGACGUUCGGCUUCCUGUACAGCCAGCAGGAGCAGCUGUACCUGGCCCUGUACUCCGAGGUGUCCGAGGCGAAGGCGCUCCUGGAGCAGCUGUCGCUGGUGUGUCGGACCCGCCCGUUCUACCGGGACAUGCUGCAGGAGCUGCAGAAGUACGUGCGCGGCGACCUGGAGCAGCUCGGCCGCAGCCCGGCGGGGCUGCUGGCCGGGUCCGCGGGCCAACGGGACCCUCUGGAGAGCGUGCUGUACGCCACCUCCGUCGGCGUGCCUGGGGCGGUGUACGAGACGGUGAAGGGCCUCCGGCAGGCUCGCGGCGCGCGGCUGGGGGCCCUGCAGAAGAAGUUGCCGGAGCAGCAUUUCGCGCUGUUGGCGAUCCUGGGCGCGCUUGAGCUCUCCAUAUUCCCCGUGCUGUCCGUCGGCUGCGCGGCGCUCGACUCCGCGGGGCCCCUGGGCUCCAACGCGGCUCCUGGGCACAUCACCUUCCUGCACGCGGUGCUCUUCGGCGUGAUGACUUUCGCGGUGACCCUCACGCUGCUGGUGCUCCGGGAUCUCUACAGCCCGGUGGGGGACACAUACAACAUGUCGGAGGCUGCCAGAGGUGACCCACGUUUGAUGCUGUUGUUUGCUCCUCCGGCAUCGCCGCCCUGCCGGCCCGCGCCGCCGCCGCCGAUCGGAGCGCUCCUGGUGCGGAGCGGAGCGCUGCGGGCGCCGCCCGGGGCGCUUGAGACGCUCGCAGAGGCAAGGGCCGUGCGACCGCCGCGGUCUGUGGCGCCCUUCGCGCGUCCCAGAUCACAGGGGCCAGCUCGAUCCGA